GGCGGAGGGGCCUCGGGCGCUAGCCGGGCCGGGAGGGGCGCGAUGGGCGGGCGCAGAGUACGCGGCGGGCCCGGCUCGGACAGCACGGCUGCCGCCCCUCUGGCUCGCUCGCGCCCGCGUCCUCGCGUCCCCCGGCCCCCACCGGUCGCGUCCUCUGCGGACCCUCGGUUCCCGCACGUGGGGACCCCGCAACUUUUCCCGCCCGCGCCCCAGGACGGGGGCUGCCGCGUCCGGGCGGGGCCCCCUUGGCCGCCCGGGGGAGCGAUCCCCGAAGGGGGGGCGGAGUCCCCGAAACGCCUGCCGUCGGGGCCCCUGCGGUGUCCCCGACCAUGACUGAGAUGAGUGAGAAGGAGAACGAGCCCGAGGACGCGACCACUCGCAGCCCCGUGGGAACUGGGUCGGCGCCCCAGGAGACCAAGCUGCAGCGGUUCAGACGCUCACUGUCCCUCAAGACCAUCCUGAGGAGCAAGAGCGUGGAGAACUUCUCCCUGCGCCCCGGCGCUGAGCUCAAGUGUCCCGCCGAGGUGCUGCUCACGCCGCCCACCCCGCUGCCCCCACCCUCCCCGCCGCCCGCGUCCGCCCCGGCGCCCUCCCCGUGCUCGGUACUGCGACCCCCCGCACCGCCUAAGCCUGCCAGGCUGCACGGCUUCCAGGAGCACGUCUUCAAGCGCGCCAGCCCAUGCCAGCUGUGCCGCCAGCUCAUCGUGGGAAACUCCAAGCAGGGUCUGCGCUGUAAGGGCUGUAAGGCCAGCGUCCACCUCUGGUGCUCGGAGGAGAUCUCCCACCAGCAGUGCCCUGGAAAGAUGUCUGCCUCCUUCCGACGCAACUUCAGCUCCCCGCUCCUGGUGCACCAGCCGCCACCAGUCUGUGCCCUGAGCAGAGAGUCCCUACCCACCGGGCCUGGAGGGAAGGUGGACCCGGUGUACGAGGCCCUGCGCUAUGGCACCUCCCUGGCGCUGAUGAACCGCUCCAGCUUCAGCAGCACCUCCGACUCCCCCACUCGGAGCCUGAGCGAGCGGGAGGAGCUGACUGAGGAUGGAGAGGGCAGCAUCCGCAGCUCCGAGGAGGGGCCUGGUGACAGAGUAUUCACAGCCCCCGCAGAGAAUGAAGAGUCAGGGGCAGAGGAGAGGAGCCCUGCACAACAGCCCCUCAAGGCGCCCCUCCGGAAGGAGUUGGGGCCCAUGUACUCCUACGUCGCACUCUACAAGUUUCUGCCCCAGGAGAACGACGACCUGGCCCUGCAGCCUGGAGACCGGAUCAUGCUGGUGGACGACUCCAAUGAGGACUGGUGGAAGGGCAAGAUCGGUGACCGAGUGGGCUUCUUCCCAGCUAACUUUGUGCAGCGGGUGAGGCCGGGCGAGAGUGUGUGGCGCUGCUGCCGGCCCUUGUCCGGUAACAAGGAGCAGGGCUACCUGAGCCUUAGGGAGAACCAGAUCUGCGUUGGUGUGGGCAGAAUCGGAGAUGCAGGUGACUUCCUCCGUGUCAGCAGUGGCAGGAAGCGGGGCCUGGUGCCUGCUGAUGCCCUGAGUGAGAUCUGACCGUGCCAGGAGAAUGGCGAUGCCCCUGCCCCUGACUGGCACUUGCCUCCAGCCGGGAAGGGUGCAGGUAUCCUGGCACCAUUUCUUCUGCCCCAUCCUGGGACCCUCAACUCUGGGAAGGUUUUGUUUCUUAGGCGGGGUUCCCUGCUGGGUUGAUCCCAUUGGACUGGGAGGAAGUGGGGAGCUGCAGGUAGGUCCUCCACAGUGCCUGGGUACCCUGAAUCUGGCCACUGCACUGAGUCCCACUCUGAGGGGGGACCCCUGGGAUUCCCAGACUCCCCAUCUGCCCACAUGGCCUCUGCAUGCCUGAACCCUUGCCUUCAGCGCCUUGCCUGGGUCUGUGUACACCUGCUGUCUUGCAAGCGGUGCUCUGGGGGGCUUCCUGCACUCCUCAGCCCUCUGCCCCAGUUGAGAGGGGACCAGCAUCAAUGGCAGGGCCCCAAGUCCACCUAUGGUCUCCAUGCCUCUGUUACCCCUUCACUUCUCAGGAAAGUUCUGCAGGAAUCUCUGUUACUUGAAAUCUGGGUCUACAGAAUAGGGGAGGGCUGAGGUCUCAGCAUAUGUGACCAAUUGAGACCAUUCCAUCAAGUAGGGCAGUCACCGCAGAGCAGUCUGGAAACCCGGAAAGCCAGCUGAAAACCAGACCCUGCCCCAGGCUUGGUCCAAACUAUCCCCCCAAAACCUUCAGGUUGCCUCUCUCCAACCCUCUCUCCAACUGUCCAGGACAGGGGGCUGAUAUCCCCGAGUCCCUUUCUGGCCCUGUCUUCCCCUUUGUCCUGGACACAGCACGGAGAAAGAUGGGGAAGGGACACACAAAGAUGAAAAAUUUUCCUUGAGGAAAUGAAGGGAGCAGGGCCCCGAGGGCACACCCCACGGACCUCUCUCCCUUGCAGGCUGCAUUUUUCUGGCACCAGCUUCCUCCCCCAAGCCCAGUGCCUCCUUUUGUGCCCUUGCUCAUGCCAGCCGAUGCCACUUCUCCCCAGGCACGGUCGCACCCUCCAUGAUGAGAGGCGCACGGGUCCACCUUCCCGUAUCCCCCCCCCCCCGCAGAGGGGGCUUGAGCCACACUGCCCUGUUUGCUGCCAUCAGGCCCCCUAGCCACACUCCCGGGGGCAGCCGCUGCCCACUGUAUGCCAGGCUGCAUGGCAGCCCUGGCCGGCCCUGCGGAGCCCAGGUCCCUCAUUAAACGUGUCUUGUCCCA